AUGUCUCAUCCGCUGACCGGGCGAUAUUAUGAGCUGAAGAAAUCCCGCAGUGUUGGGAUGGUCCCUGAGCAGUGGAGCGGCCGCACGUUUGCGGCAGACCGGCUGCGCAUCGGCCCUCGGAAGCGGACGUUUCUCCCGGAGACCGGCGCGGUGCGCACAGGAGGACGCAUCAUGUUCGACGCCUCCGGGAUCCCGCUGCUCCUGCUCGACUUUACCUGCCUCGUUCUGGUUGGACUUCCCUUUUUUAUCCUUAAUCUUCAACACAGCCCUUUCAAACGGGGCUUCUUCUGUAAUGACGAGUCCAUCAGAUACCCCCUCAAAGAGGACACCAUAUCCUACCAGCUGCUGGGGGGGGUCAUGAUUCCUUUCACACUGAUUGUUAUAAUCUGUGGGGAGUUCGUUUCGGUGUACUUGUCCCGCAUCAAGAACCAGUCGCUGGGGAAAAAGUACAUGUCGUGCAUCUACAAAGCUGUGGGGAGCUACCUGUUCGGAGCUGCUGCCAACCAGUCCCUCACUGACAUAGCAAAGUACUCCAUCGGCCGCCUGCGGCCCAACUUCCUGGCCGUAUGCAAACCGGUAUGGGACCGCAUCAACUGCAAAUCGGGAGGAUACAUCGAGAAUAUCACCUGCACGAGGGAAGACGAAUUCAUGGUGGAUGAGUCAAGACUGUCCUUCUACUCUGGUCACUCAUCCUUCUCCAUGUACUGCAUGCUGUUCCUUGUUCUGUACAUUCAAGCCAGACUGAGGUCAAAAUGGUCAAGACUCUUGCGUCCUACCAUCCAGUUCUUCUUGUUCGCUACUGCCAUUUAUGUAGGCCUGUCCCGAGUGUCUGACUACAAACACCACUGGAGUGAUGUGCUCACUGGCCUCCUGCUGGGGGGCUCAAUGGCUGUUUUCACCGUGUUCCUCGUCUCCAACUUCUUCGCACAGCCAGUUGAGCCAGUUGUGUCACAGGAGGAGGAGGAGGAGGAGGAAGCCUCACACACCAGUUUGCAGGAAAACCCCUCCAAUGGGAACCACUACGGCAGCACUGACUGAACUUGGAGCCCACAAGCCAAAAACAACAAAAAAUCUCUGCAGUACCUCCAGUCUUUAAAAUAGCAAUGGAAGGCUUAACUAGCUUAAAUGAACAGCAAAUCAAGACCUUAUAAAAACUUUUGCCUGUCGGGAUGUAUGUUCUGAACACAGUUUGCCUGCUUGGAGCCAAUGCCUGCAGGCUUUAGCUGCUAUCUGCUGUGACUGAUACACUUCACAGACCCUUGCACUUAACUUAGGCAUAAAGAAAUACGAGUUCAUGCAGCUUUUUGGUCAAAUCCAACUGGUACUUAUAGAGUUUUAAAAAAGGAUGUUGGGUAUAACUCAGGAACAUUACUUUUUUUUUUUUUUUUUUUUUUUUUUUUUACAAUAUGACCUUGUUGAAAAUGUGGUUUCUUGUGUUUUUUUGGUCUGAUGUUGCCAUGAAGGAAUGUCAUUCCUUUUUGCCCAGAAUAUAACGAGUGCCUGUAUGUACACUGCAAGCAGGCUUGUAGAGGUCUGAUGGUACCUGUGAAAAGGAAACUAAGGACGGUCCAUAAAAUGGAGACGAAACUCAGAAAUAAUAUAUUUCCUUUAGUUUUUUUUGCCUUAGAUUUUUGCUGCUUCCUGCUAGCAAAUACCCCCCCUCAAAUGGUUAUUGUAUGGAAACAACCUUUUUCAUAUAGUUUGGGAAAAAAUAAUUCUGUUUUUUCCAUUCAUAAGGUUAAAACCCUAUGGUCCCUUUUCUUUGGGAAAUGAGAAAAAUACAAGAAAAAAUGCCCAUUUUUCUACUUUGAUAAAAAUGAAUUAUGUUUAAUUUUUUUUAAAUAUGUUUUUUAAGAGAAUCCAAAGCAGAGCUGUAUUAGCAAAAAUUCUUUUUUAAGUAUAUAUAUAUAUAUAUAGAGGUUUGUACUUUGGCUUCUGCACAUUGUGGAAAGAAAACCCAAAACUGUCUCUCAUAAAACUGUAUUUGAAAAAUAAAGUGCAAAAAGACAGAACUGCAAAAUGAUUUAAUUAUUGUUAACCAUGAAGAAAGUAUGAACCUUUAACUGGUCUUUAUGCAGUGUUUAGAAGGGGACCCACAUGUUAGCCAGCCCCAUAUCAGAGUCCAGUCUCUUACUGACCAGACCAUCCUGUCUGUUCUGCUUAUUAUUGCAACAGUUUUUGCUUUCCCUACAAAUACCCUUAUUUGGGUUUUAUUUUGGAAAUACAUAUUUCAUGAUUCGUCAUGUACUUUACUGAAUGAGUUCAUGUUGUACAUUUUCAAAAUUCCUCCUAAGUUAUUGUUUUUGAUCUGACUAAACUCUAAACUCUGUGGAGCAAAUUUGAUUAGGAGGAAAACUGGCUGUUUUGUUCUUGUUGUCCACAUGGUUGUUCAAGC